AUGAACAAGAUCGACGAACAAGCAAAAACUUUCGGUUUUCCGAUUCUCGUAGAGACACCAAGCUUCAUGGUCAAUCCUCACCCCUACUCCAUCAUUCCGACUUUUAAUCCAGCACUUGUUCCAACUGUUGAGAAUCCUCCAGAUUGGUACAAGCUUAUCCAGGUCGGUACCAAAUUCAAGGGUUUGACUAACAGCUACUCUUUCAAAAAAUCUGAUCCGGAAGAAAUGGAAUAUCUUGACUCACUCCAUGAAAAGCUCAGGCGAAAGACAAACGUCGUCUGGAUCACUGGCUACAAACCGGCAAAAGACGAUACGAUUGACAUCCCAGACACCGUUCCAGGACUCUUCACUUUCAAGGCUCUCACAUGCCCAACUAUAUAG